UAACAAGUACAAGUACCCAGUAAACACCAUCUCCUACGAGAAAAACACUGAAAGCACAGCGACAAUGCCGAAAGAUUCUUCCAGCAACAUGGCCAUGACUAACGAACGGUGGUCUGCCCCUGGAGGAACCAACGAAAAUGAUGCCCUUGGCGCCUUUGUUUCCAACAGUACGACGCAGACAGAUCGAUCCAAAAAGAGCGAUAGUCUUCGACAGAUGCUUUGUCAGGAUAUCGGAACAACAACGCUGGUCUUGACGAAAGGACCGUCCUCCAAGGCUCGGUCUCUGAUACGGACCAUGCCGAUUCCAUCGAACAACAGCCUCGGUAGCAUGAGCACGAUCAGCAGCACGGAAAGUCUCUGGCUUUAUGGAGAGAGCCAAAAAUUGGGGUCGGUCACCAACAUUUCCAAGAACAGCCUGCUUCGGUACGGCAACAUGGACAGCAGGAACAGCCUCCUGAGCCUGAACAACCGAUGGAGGGCCACCCCCCCAAACGCGGUGAACUCCAACCCCCAAAAAAUCUUCUCGUCGUCGUUCAAUGCGCCGAUCUCUACUGGGAACCAGCAGAGCCGGUGGAAGGCAACACAGGGCGGGGACCAACCGAUCGGCAUGGUAACCCGAAAGACGUCGGCAACGUAUCUGUUUCCUGCAAAAUCGGCGUAAAGCCGAACGUUGUGAAACCGACACGAGCCAACCGACUACCCGACAGUAUCGCACUAUACUAUUAUACAUCACCACACCACACCGCAUCGCAUCGCAGCACGCAUAAGCCAAAAAGGAGGAAACCAGAAUCUAUGGCAAACUCCGAAACAAGCUAUUGUACAUGUACAUUACUAGCAAAUAGAUUAUAAUCAUUCGU